GAAGGCCUGAGCCUCCCGCCAAGCCUGAGAAACGGGGGAGGGCGAGGAGGAGGAGAAAAAAGCAGCAGCAGCAGCAGCAGCAGCAGCAGCAGCAGACGCCGCAGGAAGCCUUUUCCGCUGGAUUCGGGGCACAAGGCUCGGGGCGCUUGCUUGGGUCGUACAGGUUGCUUCGGACUCCGGGCUGCCAGGGCAGGCUAGAGGUCAGCUGUCCCCUCCCCCUGCCUCCCCCCCCACCGGAUUUGGCUCCCCCGCCCCGGGGUUAAUCAGGCAGGGAUCGGAGCCCGCCGCUUCGAGGCCGCCGCUUGGACUGAAGGGGCGAAGGAGAAGAGGCGGUUCGGUUCCGUUCCUGCAGUCCUCCCGUCUGAAGCGCCUUGAAGGAACUCUUGCGGAGAGGAAGGCGAGAGGGGUGCGGGGAUAGGAGCGAGGGGGGGAGCGGAGACCCCCUCCCUUCCAGCCCAGGAGCCUGUCCUUUGGGGAGGGGGCGGCGAACGGGAGCCGUCGAUGACCGCAGGACUGCUGCGCGCUCCUUCCUCUCGGCCCCCCCCUCCUCCUCCUUUUCCCGAGGCCGGGACCUUCUCGAUGUCUACAGCCUCCGAGAAGCAGCAGCAGCAGCAGCAGCAGCUGGGAACAGUCAUGGAGUCGGCGUCCUCCACCUCCUCCUCGACCCCCAGCAGUAGCAGUAGCGGCGGCGGCGGCGGCGCUGGAGGCGCCAAAGCCAAGAAGACCAACGCGGGCAUCCGACGGCCGGAGAAGCCGCCCUACUCCUACAUCGCCUUGAUCGUCAUGGCCAUCCAGAGCUCGCCGUCCAAGCGCCUGACGCUGAGCGAGAUCUACCAGUUCCUGCAGAGCCGCUUCCCUUUUUUCCGCGGCUCCUACCAGGGCUGGAAGAACUCCGUGCGCCACAACCUCUCGCUCAACGAGUGCUUCAUCAAGCUGCCCAAAGGGCUGGGCCGGCCCGGGAAGGGCCACUACUGGACCAUCGACCCGGCCAGCGAGUUCAUGUUCGAGGAGGGCUCCUUCCGACGGAGGCCCCGCGGCUUCAGGAGGAAAUGCCAGGCCCUAAAGCCCAUGUACAGCAUGAUGAACUUGAAUUUCAACCACCUCCCGGACAGCUACGGCUUCCAGGGGCCCUCCUGCCCGCCCAACAGCCUCCCUUUAGACGGCAGCGCCCUGGGCAUGAUGAACGUCGAUGGCAUGGGGCUGGCGGGCCACUCCGUUCCCCACUUGUCCUCCAACGGAGCCCACCACUCCUAUAUGGGGAGCUGCGGUGGGGGCGGAGGAGGAGGCUCCGCUGGAGGGGACUACGGUCACCAUGACGGCUCGGUGCCCGCCUCGCCCCUCCUUCCUGGCGGAGGGGUGAUGGAGCCUCACUCGGUCUAUUCCAGCACGGCCCCGUCCGCUUGGGCGUCCUCGGCCGCUCCAGGCUUGAACAGCGGGGCUUCCUACAUCAAACAGCAGCCCCUGUCGCCAUGCAAUCCGGCGGGCAAUCCGCUCUCCUCGGGCUUGUCCACGCACUCUCUGGAGCAACCUUACCUGCACCAGAACAGUCACAACACGGCAGAACUGCAAGGAAUCCGGUACCAUUCCCAGUCUCCAAGCAUGUGUGACCGGAAAGAAUUUGUCUUCUCCAUCAAUGCCAUGGCGUCAUCUUCCAUGCAUUCGGGAGGUAGCGGCUCUUACUACCACCAGCAAGUCACAUACCAGGACAUCAAACCUUGUGUGAUGUGAUAGUAAGACCAGGGAGCCAAGCUUUCUUGGGGGGAAGCCGAUCCCCAUUGAUCCAAGGGAACACUGUGUAGGACUGUGGAACUUCCUGCCACAAGCCCCUUUGGGAGCCAAAGGACCUCCCAGGAAGCUAGACUGAUAGUUGCUCAUGAGGUAUAUAAAUAUUCAAGAAAGGAACACUCUGUCUUUGAGGAAACAUUAAAGAAGAGCAAAUAUGCAUUGGGUGUGCCUUUGGGGAGUUUUGGGGGAGGGAUGGAGCAUCAUGCCCAAACUCUAAGUACUCCAUUGUUCCUUCACCUUGGGUCUUGAUCUGGUAACAUUUCCAAAAACCACUUUUGGGUCUGUGUAGCUUCCUCCUCCACACACACCUCGUUCAGGAUUCAAAUGAACUCUGUUGUUUAAAAAAAUAAAUAUAUUCCAUCCCCAAAAUCCCAAUGAGUAUCCCCCACCCCAGUGCAAAAUGAUCAUUAAAGAAAAUGGAUUCUAGACUUUGAGGGGCAGGGAUCUGCCAUACAAGAAAGGAGCAGACACCUCCAAUAAUCCCGACAGCGAUGGCAGACAACGGUCAGUUUCAUGAGAUGUCCAUCCUUCCACUAUUGGGUCAUUUGUUUAGCAACCAGAAGUGGCUUCCAGCUGAAACUUCUCUUCUUAUGUUUUUAGGGACAGAGCAUAAAAAUAUACAUAGUUCAUUGUAUAUUUUUCCUCUGAUUCAGGGCAUUGGAGGAUUCUUCAGAAAACUGAGUGAGUGCAGAGAUGUUCUCUAUAAUAUCGUCUUCCCUAAAUUGUAAUUGUAUGUUGAGUUUCCAAAGUCAUCUGUACCUUCAGGUGUUGGUGGGAAUUUGAAAAGCAGGACUGGACACACUUACACCACAAAAAGGCUACCACAGAAUAGAGGUUGUAGGGCCCCGGUGCUCGAUAGCAUGAUCCUGUAUGAGUCACUCCACUUCUUUUUUUACCAUACCCAAGCCUCUUUUAAAUAUUAAGUACCAAAUUACAAAGAAAAAAGCACUUUGAGAAAUAAAGGUUUAAAAUGGAAAUGAUUAACAAGGCUCAUGCUUUUAUUUAUUCAACAUUUUUAAUAAAACACAACAGCAGCCUUGGUCAAUCAGUAUUAGAAUGGUUAAUGUGUGUUGGCAAUAUUUGCCAUAGGGACUGUGUGAAAUAACCAUUGUAAAUGUCAAAAGCAGGAGCGUGGCAAAGCAAUUUUCUCUAUGUUUUAUAUAUAAUUAUAUAUUAUAUAAAUAUAAAUAUGAAGGACGCUUUUGUUUUUUAUUUUUGCCUGACUGUACAGUUCAGUGAUACACCUAUUUUAAGUUUCAUUCUGCACUGUAUAAAAGUGUAACUAUGGUGGAAGGGGUUUAGACCCCUGGAUUUUUUGUGUACGUUUGUCCUUUUAAAAAAAAGGAAUGCAAAUAAAAAAAAAUGUAUGGUGUUCGUACAUGGCCUUCACAAAUUGUAUAAACUGUAAAUAAAUCAGUGUGUGGCAUAGAAAUCUGUGUAAGUAGCAUGUUGGGAAUAAAACUCAAAGAAGACGAGGUCACCAUCCUAAGAUGUUUCCUGUGGAUGAGGG